AUGGAGUUGGAAUCCUCUCCGCCUAGAGCAGACACCCUGCCGCCUCCCAUCGCUGGCGUGAAGAGGCCUGCCUCUCUUCUCCCAGCCUUCGAGCCCUCGUCUUCCCCGUCUCUGCCUCGACCCUAUAAACGCUUGGCACGCGAAUCCGGUGAUGAUGUUUCGACAUAUCCGACCCCAGUCCCAACCUCGUCAACGGCAAUAUUGACUUCCUCCCCUCCUCGCAGGCAGGCAGUCCGCCCAGGACUUAAACGAACCCUCUCUGUGGCAUCUGAAAGAGCUCCGUUGUCUACUGUACCUUCGAUAAUGCUACCACUGUCAGGGGAGCCUAUUCUAAUGGGUAGAUCAAGCGGUUCUUGCCAUUUUCAACUGUCAGCCAGCCGAUUGAUAUCGCGGAUUCAUGUCCAGGCCACGUAUAAGCCUUCGACAAACCCGUUUGAUAGAGAUAGGAUUGAGAUUCUUUGCACUGGCUGGAAUGGGAUUAAACUCCAUUGCCAAGGAAAAACUUAUGAAUUGAACAAGGGCAAAACUUUCACGUCUGAUAUCAAAGACGCGGAUGUGAUGAUCGACGUCCAAGAUGCUCGAGUGUUGGUCCAGUGGCCCAGACACGAGCCAAAAGACUCUGCUUCGACGAGUACCUCCGACCAAACCUGGGAAGAGAGUUCCCCCGUGAGAAAACCUGGUACUACUUCACACCCACUUCAAGCCAGCCCUCUACGAAGCCGUGGACGACUUGCUUCCCCAAUAUCUCCGUCUCCUGCUGUUCAGGCCCUUCAACCUCCUGAACCGCCUCUGUUGACUCCCAGCCGCUCAGUGCAUAGUGCCGUGGUCGUGUAUGAGGAUGAGCCUUCUCCCACUCGUCAAAAGGACUCGAAGUCGAUCUCUCAGCUUACGGAAGUAGUUUCGAGUCCUUUCCACAAUGAGAAUCUCCGAAACUCCAUGUCUAGCUCUUGUGACGAUAAGGCUGAAGAGCUGUCAGAACACGACGAGGAAAACGACCCGAUCAUCCACUCCUUUGGACCCUUUGGGGAUAAUAUCCUUCCCCGCAUGGCUUCAUUCAACACAGGAAUGUCUCCGGUUCGAUCUCCCGUCAACAUACGCAAGCCGGCUGUUUCACCACGCCAGCACACUGCCGCAAGUAAACCUGUUAAAACGGAAGAUGACCAGCACUCUCUCAAACAGAACGUGCAGAACCACGUCGUAAACCAGCUGGCGUUUUCUCGAUUGUCAUCGACUCCACUCUCGACGAUUAUCAGCCACCUCCCACCCGAGCUAUGGAAGAAGACCCCUUCAGGUGAUGGCGGGUUUUCUAGCCUAGAGAUCAAAUCCAUCAUCGGCACAAUUGCUUGCAUCGGCGAAGUGAGCAGGGAGGGUAAAGAUGCUGCAGGCAAACCCUUGGAAAGCGAGUAUUACUACAUUCCUGAUCUCGACGAGGAUGAAAAGAGAAAGGAGGCUGUAGUUAACGACUUGAUGAAACCUGGCCUGCGGAGUUGCAGAAAACAACACAAGCGAUAUUACUGGCGAAAACCCAAAUAGCGAGAACCGCGCGAACGAGAAAACUCAAUGGUUUUUUUUUCGAGCGAUUUGAAUCGAAUACUCUGAACUGUCUGGAUUUUCAUGAAUCACUGACCUGACUGUACGACUACCCCCUUCGAAAUGCACUUAUGUUAAGGUUAUUUCCGCUGCCCUUAAAAAGAAACCAAUUUCAUUUCUUAAUUUCUUAAUUUCUUAAUGUUCUUUUAAAACAAAGGAGACCCCAAAAAGUACCAAGAGAAGUAAUUCUACUCCUUCACAAUUAUUCUUCUCACAUCAGUUUUUAGCAUUAGCAUAGCGUUGUUAGGGGCUUUUAUCCACUAUUUUAUAUAUAUCCUUUCCCCCUUUGUUCUUGCUUUCGCCUUUUCCCUGUUAUUUUUGUUGAGAGCUUUUCUUUCCGUUUCAGUUUCUUUUUUUUUUUUAACUACAACCCCCUUUGUCCUGAUCUGGUAUUGUUUCCCAGUGCCGCGAAGUAUCUGUGCUGAGCUCAUAUACUCAUUAUUACUCCACCAUGAUUAUCUCCAAACUAUGGCCCUCCCGAUAAACAUCUAUCAAACCUUCUCCCAACCUUACUCCUGGCGGGGCUGCCGUAUCGGGUUGGGGAAUUUGGAUGGAUGAUAUAUGUAUGUAUUUACAGUAUGUAGCACUUACGUUUUCAGCGUUUCUUCUUUUUGCUUUUCU